UCUGUUUUCGGGCGGACGGGGCGGAUGAGAGAUAUUCGUAGGUCGGUCGGUGCGGGCUAUUCAGGUGUCCGGAAUGAAGUGAUAAGGAUUUCGAAACCCAAAAAUAUGUGCCGUGACAAAAUCUUCAAUUAGCAUUCAAAGAGCCCCAUCAUCGCGAUCCCAUCAUUAAACUUAGUAAUCCCCGUCCGAUGGAGGAGGACGUGCUGAAUGCCCUGCAGACGCGGUGCGCCUACUUGUCCGGCGGAUUCGACCGCCAGAAGCGCAUCAUCUUUGUGGUCAACGUCUUCAACGACUUUCAGCUAUGGAACCGGCACUAUCUGCAGGUGACUCUGGACUAUCUCAAGCGAUCGCUCAGCGCCUCAGUUCUGCAGAAUGGCGUGAGUGUGGUGGUCAAUGCCCAGGAGAGCAGUUCGCGGAUCUCGAGGCAACAGGUGCGCCAGAUAUACGCCCUCUUUGGGGGCGACAUUAGCGUGGAUUUGUAUCUAGUCAGGGCGGAGGGCUUCUGGGAGAAGCAUGUGGAGCCGUGCGCCAAGUCCCAGACCAAGGGAGAGCCCCUGGUGCUGUCCAGAUCCCGGCUGGGCAAGUACAUAGAGCCGCAGAACCUGCCCGAGGAGCUGGGCGGCUCCUUGCAGUUCAACUACGAUCUGUGGCUGCAGCAGCGCAAGUCCAUAGACGAGUUCACCAAGGCGCAUGCCAAGACUCUGGGAUCGAUGGAGAAGCUGUUGGCUCUACUCCGGGCCAACAAGUCGCUCCGGCCGGCAGAAGCGGAUGUGGAGCUGAAGAAGUGCGCCCAGCUGCACACCGCCGUUCAAAACGGCAUAGAAUCAGCCAUCGACAUGGGUAACGCGAUCUUGGCCCGUUUCAACGAGGUCUACGAAACGCAUUCAACGCCGCCACAAGCCGCCGCACCUGUCUCGGAGUCCCCCUCCCCUCUCGGCACUGCGCUGGCCCCCCUGCCGAAGCCACCGCUGCCACCGGACCUGGCCUGCGAGCGGGCCCGCAUCGAAUUGCGCCUGAACGAGAUCGAAAAGAAGCAGACUGCCAUUCGCACGGCCUGGCUGGAGCUCCUGCGAUCGCUGAGGGAGGCCCGCGAACUGGCCACCCUGGAGGAGGGCGUGGCCUUCGUCACCAACUGGAUUCUCCAACAGGCGGAACAGCUGCUGAGCCGCCAGCGCAGCGUGGGCCGGGACGUGCGGGGCUGCGAAGCCCUGCGUUCUGCCCACGACCAGCUGGAGCUGGAGUGCCGGGAAACCUACGGUUGCUACGCGGAGCUGCUCUACAAGAUCGAACGCUUUGUGGGGGAGCGGGAGGCGUCGCCCAAGGAUCUGGAGUCCUGCCAGGAUCUACUCUCGCAGCGGGACUUUAUGCAGUUCGUGUGCCGCUCGUUUGCCAAGAGGUUGGAGCGGCGAAGGAAUGUCCUGAUGACUGCCUUGCGCUUCCAUCGCCUUCUGGAGCAGUUCGAGGAGCUGCUGGCCCAGGGGAGCCAAGUCGUGGAGGUGGACAGCCGAGGAUUGGACUGGCCGGAAGCCGACACUCUGCUGCUCCAACUCAAAAGCAAUCAGCAAUCAUUGGGCAACGUCGAACGCGAACUUCUCCGCGAAGGCGAAAAGCUGAGCGACAUGCUCGCGAUGCCGGUGAAAGAUGCCCUGGGACGUGACCUCCAGCUGGACUACAGCCAAGACAUUGCCCAGCUGCGCCGGCAGAUCGAGGCAAGCCGCCAGCGGCGUCAGCUGUGCGGCCAGCAGAUGGCGCUGCAGCGGCUCACCUUGGAGCAGGUGACCCACAUCCACGCCUACGAGGAGGACGUGCGGCGGGCCCGGGACUGGCUGCAGGAGCUGUAUGCCGUCUUGCUGCGCUGCCACUCCCAUGUCGGCUGCAACAUCCACGAGAUCCAGCUGCAGAAGGACGAGCUGCAGGGGUUUGAGGAAACCGGACGGAGCAUUUACCACUAUGGAUGCCAACUGUUGGAGGCCUCCCAAACCCUGCGACUCUGCUGCAAGUCCGAUCCUCUUCAGACUUCCAUCAGCGAGCAACUGCAGUACACUUGGCACAGCCUGCAGUCGAUUGCCCAGGAGCAGAUGACACGGCUGCGGGUCUCGGCGGUGUUCCAUCGCAGUGUGGAGGCCUACUACCGCCAGUUGCGCGACCUUCGUCCACUCCUCACCCAGGAGCUGUCCGCCCAGCUGCAUCAGCAACAGCGGCAGCAGCACAAUCGCAGCAGCAGUGGAAUCAGCAGCGAUGCCGAGGGGGAAACCGAGUCGGAACUGUCGCCUCUGGGAGGGGUGCCCCCACGACUGCAGCGCCACUUGCUGGCGAGGGAGCAGUUGCUGGUGGAGGUGGGUCGGAUGGUGCGACUGGGCAGACUGCUCAAGAAACGGCUGAAGGAACCCUUUGUCUUGGACGCCCAGACCGGCAAGAGAUUUCGUAAUUUGUUUGCAAAAUCAAAGGGAGAGGACGAGGGCGAGGAGGCGCCGAGGCCGGAAGUGCCCAGCAUUGUGGUGGUCGAACCGCCCAACGAGGAAGAGGCCCCAUCAUCUGCGGAAAUCGAAAGUCAACUUCAAAGCGAUCUUUCCGGCGAUGCCCCUUUGGCCAGUGAAGAGGAGGACUUGGCCCACAAUCCAGACGAGAUUCUCAGCAAUUCCACCACCGAACUAAGCCGGCUCCUGGAUGCCAUAAACGAGGCCAGUAAGCUGCCCGAAACGAGCAGCGACGAUACCCAGGGAGAAGAUUACGAGGAUGAUGACGACGACGAAACGGCCAGUACUUCCAGCGUGAAGACCAAAAUAGCCAAGGCCUCCAUCGAGAGGGAUAUUAUCCUGGAGGAAACCGAAGACGACGAGGACGAGGUGGACGCAGGUCCGCCAGUGCCCAGUUUAGACAAAAUCAAGGCCCUGAUCCGAAACGACAGUGAGACCUAUCCGCAAAGCGAUUACACCGACAACGAAACGCCCUCGCACUCACGCACUGCAUCCCUGGAUUCCGGUCCCCCCGAUAACCCACGUUUUUCUGGUGAUUUCAGUAUCGUAGCGGACGAACUGCCUGUGGACUGCAGCCCCAGCCCCUUGCACGACAGCGGGCGGACCAGCAGUGAGCCCGGCAGCGAAGUGUCUCCUGGAGAUCUCCAGCGAAACACAGUCCAGGUGAUACCCACGGGAGGCAAUGAACUGGCCUGCUCGGCCAUCUCCCACAAGCUGGGCGCCAUUGCCGAGGUGGCAGAGUCCCUGGACGCAGUCAUCCGUGAUGUUCAGCUGCAAGAAGAGGACGCUGUCAAUCCUGGAAACACUGGACAUGCCAUCAAGAAACUUGGAAGCAUUGAGGACUGGCAAUCCCGCUCCACAGAAGACGAAUCCUUCGCAACCGCCUCAGAGGGCAACUUCACUCCCAACUCGCACUCGUCCUCUUUCCAAACGGCCUCUGGACGCACAAGCUCGUAUAUUGGCUCUGCAAAGAACUCCUUCGACGAAGCCGACGACUCCACACUGAGCACUUUCGAGAUACCCGAACUGCCAACCUCUCCGGUCAACUUUUCGUACGACAGCUCGGACCUGAGCUACUUCUCUGCCCAUCAGCCGCAGAAUCUGAGAAGCGAGGAUCAGGACAGUGUGGCCGGAGUGGCGGACUUGCACAGCCAGAGCGCUACUCCCACACCAGACGAGGAGCAGCAGCACCUGCUUCUGCCACUGCCGUUGCCCCAAGCCAUCGAGUCGGACAGCGAGGUGGAGGGCUUCACCUUGGCCACGGGAGUGACGACGGAGAACGCUGCCAGGAUGUCGAAUGCCCACAUGCCAGAGGUGAGCUGUCAGCCAGCAGACUACUCCGCUCCAGCUUCCACUAAUCCGAACGAUCCGAAGCCGCCGACUUCGUGGCGGCGCAGCAAGUACUACGAGAACAUAACGAAACAAACGAUCAAGGGAUUCCUCUGAUCGGAUCAGAGGCGAUCCGAACCACCUGUCCCACCUCGAAAAUUAAGAACAGAAAAUAAGAAAAACGAUUUCCCGCCCAACUAACCCGCGCCAUUAGCUUUGCUGCCGAUGCUCGGCGUUCUUGCCAUUAAUUAGCAGAAAACUUUGUUGGCAUGUUAUUUGAAAUUUCACAAAAACCUAUUUUAGCUUAUGAGCCAAACGUUUCUGGCAUGCCUUUGUUUCAUUUUUUAGAUUGGACCAAAUAUAAUGUUUCAUUUUAGUUUUUGGUUGCAAAUUAUACUAAUUUUCUUAGUUACUUAUUAACUUUAUUGUUUGUAUUGCUACUUAUUCCGUAUUUUAUUGCAUGGAAUGCUAGUUCUUAACUUAUUUAUUUCGAUAGUUGAAUAAUAGUUUAAGAUCCGCAAUAUUAGAGAAUUCCCAAUGCUCGACGAUGAUUUGACAGCCAAUCGAAAUUUCUGCCAUUUAUAUUACUUGUAUUAUUUAUUUAAAAUAUUAUUCCCCAUACAGUCACAAAAUAUAUAGUGCAAUUAAUCACCCCAAACAUUAGCU